AUGACGGGCAAAGCGGGCGCGGCGCUGGCCCCCAGCCUGCCCGGCAAGCCCAAGCCCGACGGCGCGGCCGCCGCCCCCGCCGCCCCGCCACUGCCUCCGCCGCCCCCCGCUGCUGGGGUCAAGUCCAACUCUGGGCCCACCCCUCCCCGCUGCACCGGCUUCGGCAUCCAGGAGAUCCUGGGCUUGAACAAGGAGCCGCCGUCGCACCCUCGGGCCGCCCUGGACUCUCUGCCCGCCGGGCACCUGCUGGCGGCCCGCUCCGUCCUCAGUCCCGCCGGGGUGGGCGGCGUGGGCAUGGGGCUGCUGGGGGCCAGCGGCAUCCCCGGCUUUUACACCCAGCCCACCUUCCUAGAGGUGCUCUCCGACCCCCAGAGCGUCCACCUGCAGCCGCUGGCCCGGGCCCCCGGGCAGCUGGACAGCAGCCAGACGGCCAGCUCAGAUUCCGAGGAUGUCUCCUCCAGCGACCGAAAAAUGUCCAAAUCCUCCCUAAAUCAGAGCAAGAAACGAAAGAAGAGGCGGCACAGGACAAUCUUCACAUCCUAUCAACUGGAAGAGCUGGAAAAAGCCUUCAAUGAGGCCCACUAUCCUGACGUAUAUGCUAGAGAGAUGUUGGCCAUGAAAACAGAGUUGCCAGAAGACAGGAUACAGGUUUGGUUCCAGAACCGCCGGGCCAAAUGGCGGAAGAGGGAGAAGUGCUGGGGCAGGAGCAGUGUGAUGGCUGAGUACGGGCUCUACGGUGCCAUGGUGCGUCACUCCAUCCCGCUGCCUGAAUCCAUCCUCAAGUCUGCCAAGGAUGGCAUCAUGGAGUCCUGUGCCCCUUGGCUCCUGGGGAUGCACAAAAAGUCUCUGGAGGCAGCGGCUGAGGCGGGGAGGAAGACAGAGGUGGAGCGCCAGGCCCUGCCCAAGCUUGACAAAGGUGACAAAGAAGAAAGGGGUCCUGAUCCCAAAACCACCAUUUCCCAGGAGGAACUGAGAGAAAACAGCAUUGCUGCCCUCAGGGCCAAAGCUCAGGAGCACAGCACCAAAGUCCUGGGGACCAUUGCCGGGGACACCCCAGCCCCAGGCAGGAAGGCGGAGACAGGGGAGGAGGCGGCAGUGGCGGAGGACGAGAGACAGACGGAGAAAUUGAACUCAUCGCAGAAGGAGGAGAAGUUGAUCUAGGGGGAACAGAGGUGGCGGAAGCCAGCCCCGACAGACACUGUGUCCUCUGGGGGCCAUGUUCCCCCUUGGACUGCCAGGUGUCCCUGGCCACCCCUGCCAGGGAGAGGGGCCCUGGUCUCUGUGUUUGGGGCUGCCUGGCAGGGGUGCCCACUGCCUGCUGCCCUUGAGCAUACCCCUGCCCCUCGCUCCUCCACCCCACCAGGCCUUCCUCACCC